UUAGAACUAUAGGCUACUGCAGAUGUGGUAUUGAAUGAUACAAACACACUAGUUACAAAUAUCUGGUGCGACAGGCCUUUACCACUYCCAAGAUUUGUGAACAGACAAACUAGUAUCCUUUGCAAAUGAAUGCUUUUUUUCUUGAGUUAAUGUUUUCUAUUGCAUUGAAACAUUUGUUCAAUCAUUCCCAUGUAAUUGGUUGUAGGACUUAUAUUAGUGUUCGUGAGGUUUCUUUAUCUCACGUUGAGGUUUCACUAGAGGCCUUAUGGAAGCAGCAAAUGUGUCUGUAAAAUUUCCAUAUUUUGACUAAACGUAAUACMUGCAAGACAAGGUGGGAUCUUUUUUGUCGCUGAAAUGGAUUAUGCGACAAUUGCGGUUGAAACGCUUUUGUGCGGAAUUGUUWAUAUAAAAACCAUCCCAUUAAAGUUGUAGUCACGCGAUGUUUCAAGUUACCACCACGUGGAAAAACAUGCCGCGUUUAUAGACAGAUGGAAUAAAUUGUGAACUUUAUAACUUAUUUCGUGACAUKAUUUAUGGUGGUUAGGUGAACGGCGAUGAGCUUCAUGCACAUUUCCACUAAAUAUCGAGGGUGGGCUAUUUGAUUUAUGCUGGUGACAUGAUCGGUGCUUGGCUGCCAAUAAUAAAAUAAAAGUGAUCUGGCGUUUAUCUAGCCCAAACGCCGGUUGAUGGCGCUAUUGAGUCGUUUCAUUUAUUGUUCAAGUGAAUGCAUGCAUUGCUAUAAACUUGUAUCCGCUGUGGAUCGGUUCGUGAAUAAACAGUCUUCAUUCAGGCUCCAAAUACAUAUAUUUCCUUCUAAAUUCGAUUGAAUGAAAAGGCGAAAAAAUACGGAAAAUAUUACUACUUAGUGAUACAACAUUUUCCACCAGCAUGUGACGAAUGCCUAGUCCCGGAUAUUGCGUUCAGUCAAUCAGGUUGCUGAAGUCUGUUGUUUACCCCCUGGCUGAACUAGGGAAGCAUUAGCCAUAGCAUGGUGAUGGAAAAUGGUGCUUCGUAAAGAACGUCUGCAUAUUUUCCCUUUUUUAUAUAUUUUUGUCUUCUCGCCAUUAAAUCGAGUUAAGGAGGUAAAAGCUAAACUUUGUGGCUGCCUGUUGGCUCUGGGUCUUGGAGUAGGCCUCUCCCAGUACCAGUUUAAAAGUCACACAAAGCAUCACAUCCAGCAGGGCAGGUCAACCAUAGUCCACCUGUUUGAGUGGCGCUGGAAUGACAUAGCUGAAGAGUGUGAGCGAUAUCUGGGACCCAAUGGAUUUGAUGGAGUGCAGAUCUCCCCUCCCAGUGAGAACGUGGUGGUGACUAAACCAUGGAGACCGUGGUGGGAGAGGUACCAGCCAGUCAGCUACAACCUCUGUUCCCGCUCUGGAACCCAACAGGAACUCCGAGACAUGGUCUGCAGGUGCAACAAUGUCGGGGUGAAGAUCUAUGCAGACGUGGUCAUUAAUCACAUGUGUAUGUCUGGCGCGGGCGAGGGGGAGGGCAGACGCCGUUCGACCUGUGGCUCAUACUUCAAUGCCAGCAAGAGGGAGUUCCCAUCUGUGCCCUACUCCGCUUCCCACUUCAACGAUGACAAAUGCACCACCAGCAGCAGAAAUAUUGAGACUUACCAAGACAUUUAUCAGGUGCGUAACUGUCGUCUGCUAGGUCUUCUGGAUCUGGCGCAGGACAAGGAGCAUGUGAGGGAGAGGAUAGUGGACUACAUGAACAGACUGGUGGAUAUGGGUAUAGCAGGUUUUAGGAUGGACGCAUGUAAACACAUGUGGCCUGAGGACCUGAAGAACAUCUACAGCAGACUUCACAACCUCAACACCACCUGGUUCACACAGGGAUCCAGACCACUCAUUUACCAAGAGAUUAUCGACCUCGGUGGCGAGCCGAUAAAAGCGACAGAAUACUCUGGACUGGGUCUUGUCACAGAGUUCAAGUAUGGUACUAUGCUGGGCUCUGUCAUCCGCAAGUGGAACCAAGGGAAACUCUCUGACCUCAAGACGUGUGGUGAGAGCUGGGAUCUGCUGCCCUCAGGCGAGGCAUUGGUGUUUGUGGAUAACCAUGACAACCAGAGAGGGCACGGUGCAGGAGGGGCCUCCAUCCUCACCUUCUGGGAGCCCAGAAUGUAUAAAAUGGCUGUGGCUUUCAUGCUGGCCCAUCCCUAUGGAGUUACGAGAGUGAUGUCAAGCUACCGGUGGGAUCAACAUGUUGUGGAUGGAAAGGACCAGAAUGAUUGGAUAGGUCCUCCCAGCUUCCCUGACGGCUCCACCAAGCCUGUCCCCAUCCAGCCAGACGGCAGCUGUGGGGAGGGCUGGGUGUGUGAACACAGAUGGCCCACAAUCAGAAAUAUGGUGAUGUUCCGUAAUGUUGUCGAUGGAGAGCCGUUGUCUAACUGGUGGGACAAUGGGGGGAACCAGAUAGCUUUUGGACGAGGCAACCAAGGCUUCAUAGUUAUCAACAAUGAUAACUGUUCCCUGGAUGUGAUGCUGUACACCGGCCUUCAUGGAGGAACCUACUGUGAUGUCAUCUCCGGUCAGAGGUCAGGGGGGCGUUGCUCGGGGAAACAGGUGACCGUUGGAGGGGACGGGAGAGCACACUUCACCAUCAGCCCCUCUGACCCGGACCCUGUCAUUGCCAUUCACACGCACUCUAAGCUAGAGUAGCAGCUAAUAACACUGCACUUUAUACCACACUGUGAUAUUAUAGUUUGUGUAUCAUUACUGUAUUUCAAGUGGUCUUUCUAUCGAGGUUUGGAAAGAUGAUGAUUAAGAAAUAAGGCACGAGGGGGUGUGGUAUAUGGCCAACAUGUGGUAUAUUGGCCAUAUACCACAAACCCCCAAGGUGCCUUA